CUCUCAAAAAUAAAUAAACAUUAAAAAAUUUUUAAAAAAUCAAUAAUUUUAAGGGAGCAAGGUAGAAGCAGAAGGACCAUGCAGAAGGUUAGAGCUGAGAGAUGAUUGUGGUUUGAACAACAGGAUUUCCUGAUGGAUUAGAUUUGAACUCUGAGAGAGAGAAGAGUCAAGAAUGACUCCAGUAAUGUUUUGGUCUAAAUAAUAGGAGAGAUGGAGUUUCAUUUGAUGAAGAAGGGGAAGAUUAUACAGGCUGUGUGUUAAGGGGUUUGGGGGAAGGCCAGGAAUUUGGUAUUAAACAUGUUGAGUUAGAGAUGUUUAUUAUAUAUUCAAGUGGAAAGGUCAAGAGGACAGAUAGACUGGACCAGAGUUCAGGUGAGAGGUCUGGGAUAAAGGAGAGACCAUGGAAGUUGUCAGUUAUAGAUGGUAUUUUUAAAGGGUUAUAUUGACACAGUCCAGUAAAUAUAGCUAGAGGAAAUUGAAGGUUCUAGCUUUGGAACACUUUAGGUAAACAGGUAAGGAAAAGUAGAAUUACUAGUAGAGAAGUCCAGGGACGGAAAACCCAGUGAGGUAGGAGGAAAACUUCUUUGGCUUUCAGAAUAUCUGUAAGCUAAUUAAGCUAGAUGGUAUAAAUAUUUGAAGAAAGGGAAAUGAUCAUCUAUGACAAAUGUUGCUGAAAGAUGAAGUUAUGGAUGAACUGUGAAUUGACUGUUGGAUUUAGCAAUGGGAAGUCAUUGGUGAUUUCAGAAGAGUAGUUUCAGUAAAGGACAAAAUCUGAUUAGAGUGGGUUCAAGGGAGAGUGGAAGGAGAAACAUGUGGCAGCUUAACAGCAAAGCUGAGGUCCAGACAGUUUUUUGUUUUGUUUUGUUUUGUUUUGUUUUGUUUUGUUUUGUUUUUAAGUAGAAGAGAAGCAGCAUGCAUCAAUCAGUAUUGAGAAUGCUCCAAUAAAGAAUUCCUUGGUCACUGAGCUGGAAGACAUUUUGAGUAAUACCUCCUGAAGAUUCAUCAAUUCACUUGUGCACUUAGGACACCUCUACUGAGAGGAUAUUUGGUCGACUGUCACUUUACUUAGUACUCUGUCUUGGGGAGCAUCCACUGUUAUGGAUGCAAUAGAAAUAAGAUGACAUGUGCCUCUUGUGACUUUAUUUUGAUUCCCUCUAAAUGCAGGUUCUAGCUUAUUGCAUUACUUUUUAGGCAAGAAUAAAAGUUCUCACAUUUUCUUUUGAUAUGUACCCACAUUACAUCCUUGUCCAAUAUGUGAAAUACACUAUUUUGUGUUGAGUCUGACCAGUACUUCAUUGGCUGACUCUGAGAAGGGUCUUCAGGGAAUUCUUUUUAUAGGUGAAUAGUUUAGGUGUUAAAGAGCACUCCUUCAUCAUAUUCUUAGUUGCUUCCCUGUUAAAAACAAACAAACAAACAAACAAAAAACUUUAUUAUUUAACAUCAUUUAAUGUGUCUCCUUUCCUGGGCUUCAAGUAUACAUUUGUCCAGUGGGUUGCCAUUUUGUCAUCUGGGACUUGGUUUCUGGUUUAGGUUACUGACUGAAACCAUUUGCAGUGACUUUCCCUUUUUAAGUGCAAAAUUUUAUGCAAAAAUCUUUUUUUUUCUUUCUUUUUUAAAAAUUUUUUUUUUAACGUUUAUUUUUUUUUGAGACAGAGAGAGACAGAGCAUGAACGGGGGAGGGUCAGAGGGAGGGAGACACAGAAUCUGAAACAGGCUCCAAGCUCUGAGCUGUCAGCACAGAGCCUGACGCGGGGCUCGAACUCACGGACCGCGAGAUCAUGACCUGAGCCGAAGUCGGCCGCGUAACCGACUGAGCCACCCAGGCGCCCCGUAAAAAUCUUAAUGCAAAAACCCCAGCUGUCUCAUUCUGACAUGCUUGUGUUCCUUUGGAAGGUAAUAGUGAUGUCCAUCCUCAAACCUCUAAUAGUUCUGAGUUAAACAAGACGAGCCAUUGUCUCUGUGCGGUUUUAUGAUAGUGGCAUAUUUUGAGUAACACAUAAGGAUGGUUUUUAAAUCCUGUUCACUGAAUUGAAAAACUUUAAGUGGAGAUGUUUGAGAACGUAGGGAGAGGGUCAAAGCGUAAUUCUCUGUUUAUAGACUCUAAAAUGUCAUCAGCUUUGAGAGUAGAAUCAAUCUGAAUUCGUCUCUUCAUUUGAUCAACAGAUAUUUAUUAACUGUUUACCCUAUGGCAGGUACUCAGCUAACUUUUAAAUACAUAUGUCAUUUUAAGAUGUUUUCCUUUAUGUUUUGCUAAGUUUAUUGUGAAUAUUUUUAGUUUUUGAUAUACAUGUGCUGUACAUUAACUCUCACCUUUUGAUAAUGGAUAAACAGCCAACUCUAGAUAGAAAUGUGGAAAAGACAGAAUCUGUUUCACAUUCUCUUUGUUACUCACUUUUAAAAAAGACUUAAUGGACAGUGAAAUUGACCAACAGUUUCACCUCCUCCUCUUUGCAGUUCUCCUAGUUUUUGUGGUACCUAGUAGACCUGAAAGAAGCAUCUCGGAAGGGAGAAGUAAUAUGACCAUAUAAUCAGACAAAUAGACAAUGGAUCCUUUAUAAUUGCGAGGUGGCCUCAUUUCUAUUUUACAUAGAAAUUUGAAGUCUUUACUUGAGGUUAUUCCCAUUUAGGUAGGAGUAGUCUGUGAACAGCUCACUCAUUUAGAGAGGAUUUUAAAGAAGUCUUUAAUUUGUAAUUAUUUGACCGUUAUUAAACCAACAUUUCAUUGUUGAGACAGGAUAAGGUUUUAGUUAUUAAAACUAUGUGUUCAGGAUAUAAAAAUGACAUGAACUAAUUUUGCCUCAACUUAAGAGUUACUUAAUUUUUUCAAUAUAUGUAGUGAGAUAUUGGCUGGAUAUUUUGAAAGCCUAAAUUACUUGGAAUGUAUUUGAAACCUCUCUUCUUAUGUACUUCUGUUCAAAAUGUUACUUAUUUUUGGAUCAUUUAUAGUGUAGGCUUAAAGUUUGGAGUUUUACAUUUCCAGUCUUAUAAAGACUUAAAUAUAUUUAUGUUCUAUUCAAACUAAAUCAUUUUAUCUACAUAAUAGUCAUUCAGCUGUAGCUGUCUGGAAUAAAAUUUCUGGAAGUAGGUAGCCAUUUUCCACAUGAAAUAACCAUUUAAAAGUGCUUUUCAUCUGAUAGCAUGUAUUUUAAUUUUUAUAAAUAGCACAGAACAAUGGAAAUAUUUAUGUAGCUAAGGGAGAUUAUCAGCUCCGGUUCAAUAGUAUGUUGUUUGGCAUUAGUAGGCUGAGGAUAUUUUAUAAUUUUUAAAAAAUACUUUUAUUAUUUUUAUAAAAUACAUGUGCUCCUGUUAUAUCUUGUGUGUUAAUCUAAUUUCCUAUCGUAGUCACCAAUUAAAAGGAAAUUGUGUACCAGUGGGGUUCUAAAACCUUGACAUUAUUUUAAUCUGAUAACAAAUGGGUUUAAGUUCAUGUUCUUUCAGUUGUUGGCAACAAAUCUAAACCUGUAUUUUUUGGAUUUAUGAGGAUAAGUCCUGCUUUGGCAAUCUUGUAGAUCCUCCAGAGAAUAGUUAAACAGUGAUUAAUCAUUGUUUCUUCACUGAGUGUGCAGAAAAGAAUGGAAAAGCUGCAUUUCACACUUCUGAAGCAAUUAAUCCCCAUGAUCUUAGCCAGGUUUGUCUUGUAGAUAAGUCGGGAUACAAAACGGUACCUAAUUUAUCAAUGUAUGCAUGCCAUAAAGUAUAAAACACACAAUUUAUUUCAUAUCAUUUAUAGUCAAAUGUAAAAAAAGAGUGACUUUGCCAUAUCCAAGAGUGUUUCCUACAUUACCUUCAUAUAAACUAAGUACCAGAGAUUACAAUGGGAUUCCUGUUUAUUGUGCACAUCUGGUGCAGUCACUGUGCAUUUUCUCAUUCACUUGCUGGCAUUUUUAGUGAUUGUGGCAUAAAUCACCUUGCUAAUCAGAAACAUAAGUGACGGGAAGUCAUCUCCUUUUUUUGAACAAUGGGAAAAAACAUAUGGCUUCUCAGACAGGACUUGGCUGUUAUACUAUUUAUGUGGCAUUAUAUUCUGUAUUUAGAAUUUCAUAUUAAUUGCAGCGGUUUGAUUGAAGGCAUGGAAUACGCAGGUUUGUGGUCAAAGUAUUUGUUUUGUACCAUUUUCAGAACAAACAGAAGAAGGUAAAAUUAAAUGCCUUGUAUUAAAACAUUUUUUAAAUAAAAACUACUUUGGGACGAGUUUUUAAGGUUAAGAUGAAUUAAAGAAAAUACAUAUAUUUUAAAAUGUGUAGAUGUUUCUAUGGAUGCAUAGAUAUAAUAAUUACAAGUUUCAAUUUAGUUUUCAAUUAUACCUCUUUCAAAACACUGUAUGGAUUAGAGUAAAAAUUACUGUCCUGCAAGUGCUAAAAUAUAAAUGACAGUAAUUUGCUUUUCUAGUAGUAGUGUUUCAAGAUGGAUUGCAUUUUUAAUGAAUUAUUAGUUAUUAGUUGGAACCACUUCUGCGCAUACUAUAACUAAAAGAUGAAGUAAAGCUUUGUAAGGUAGGAGAAAUUUAUACCUGCAGUCUUCAAGUGGAUUGGCUGCUAUUUGUUAUACAAUGCUUGCUAUAGAUUUGAAGGUAUUUUUCUUUUUCCUCAGUAGUCACUUAAUUCUCAAAAGGUAGUGACUAUAACGGCCUUUCAUCCUUACUUGGCUUUUUAAUACCUAACUUCUUUAUCACUUAUCGCUUUCCAUUUUCUUACUACUGAGUGGUAAGGAAAGAUUUAUUUGAAUGUUUGCAUUUCAAGUGAAAAUGUAUUUGUUCAGAGAACCUUACGUCUUUUACAGUUUUCUAGAUUACAUGUAACGAUAAAUUAGGCAAAUUUUUAAACAAAUAUUUCAGAGCCUAUUUAUUCAAAUGUGUGUUAUUUCCUUUGAAGUAGUCCCUUUGGGGAAGAUGUAUACAUAAUCCAUUAAUCAACGUAUUUUAGGAAUGUCUCUUUUUGAAUUUUCUUCAGUGGAAUUGAUGUAUAGCUGCCCAAAAUGGAUACUUUGAGGGGAGAUAAGAUCCAUUUUGUGUAUAUAUGUGCAAGUAUUUUCGUUAAAAAAAAAAUCAAUCAAUCAUAAUAGCUUGUGCUACAGACUGUAUAUAUCUUGUAGAUAAUUGGACACUCUGCAUAGAAAUAGAGUUUUGAAAAACUGCCUGAAUUUUAAAUAAAUGGUCACACCUACCCAUUUUGUUUUAGACAUCUUUUGUGAUACCGUCUCAAGGACCACCUGCAGUCGAGUCCACAAAUUGAAUAAACGUGACAUAAGGAGAGACUGUUUUUUUUCUGUUGUCCUUGCUUGUUUAAAAAAUGCCACCACCUAGAUUCUCUAAGGUAGUCACUUUCAGUGACAUUGUUCGGUUCUCACAAUGUAUCAUUCCUUAUCUGAAACUAGACAUCCUCUGCAGCCAGAAGAACAGGAAGUGGGCUUUGACCCCUUGUCAAGUUACUCAAACAAGUCUGGAGGAGAUUCAAAUAAAAAUGGAAGAAGAAGUUCUACUUUAGAUUCUGAUGGGACUUUUAAUUCUUAUAGGAAAGAAUGGGAAGAACUAUUUGUAAACAACAAUUACUUGGCAACAAUAAGGCAGAAGGGGAUUAAUGGGCAGCUGAGAAGCAGCAGGUUCCGCAGCAUUUGCUGGAAGCUAUUUCUUUGUGUUCUUCCUCAAGAUAAAAGUCAGUGGAUAAGUAGAAUUAAAGAAUUAAGAGCAUGGUAUAGCAACGUUAAAGAAAUACACAUCACAAACCCGAGAAAGGUUGUUGGCCAGCAAGACUUGAUGAUCAAUAAUCCUCUUUCACAGGACGAAGGGAGUCUUUGGAACAAAUUCUUUCAAGAUAAAGAACUUCGAUCGAUGAUUGAACAAGAUGUCAAAAGAACGUUUCCUGAAAUGCAGUUUUUCCAACAAGAAAAUGUGAGAAAAAUUCUUACAGAUGUUCUUUUCUGUUAUGCUAGAGAAAACGAGCAGUUGCUUUAUAAACAGGGCAUGCACGAGCUCUUAGCGCCUAUAGUCUUUAUCCUCCACUGUGACCACCAAGCUUUUCUUCAUGCCAGUGAGUCUGCCCAACCAAGUGAGGAGAUGAAAACUCUCUUGAACCCUGAGUAUCUGGAACAUGAUGCCUAUGCAAUGUUCUCACAACUUAUGGAAACUGCUGAACCUUGGUUUUCUACUUUUGAGCAUGAUGGUCAAAAGGGAAAAGAAACACUGAUGACUCCCAUCCCCUUUGCUAGACCACAGGAUUUAGGGCCAACGAUUGCUAUUGUUACUAAAGUCAACCAGAUCCAGGAUCAUCUACUGAAGAAGCAUGAUAUUGAGCUUUAUAUGCACUUGAACAGACUAGAAAUCGCGCCACAGAUAUAUGGGUUACGGUGGGUCCGGCUACUGUUUGGACGAGAGUUCCCCCUGCAGGAUCUUCUGGUGGUCUGGGAUGCCUUGUUUGCAGAUGGCCUCAGCCUGAGUUUAGUUGAUUAUAUCUUCAUAGCCAUGUUACUCUACAUCCGAGAUGCUUUGAUCUCUAGUAACUACCAGACCUGUCUUGGCCUUCUGAUGCAUUACCCACUAAUUGGGGAUGUACACUCACUGAUUCUUAAGGCUCUGUUCCUUCGAGAUCCAAAGAGAAAUCCAAGACCAGUGACUUACCAAUUUCAUCCAAAUUUAGAUUAUUACAAAGCACGGGGAGCAGACCUCAUGAAUAAAAGCCGGGCCAACGUCAAAGGUGCUCCCCUGAAUAUAAAUAAGGUCUCUAAUAGCCUGAUAAAUUUUGGAAGAAAGUUGAUUUCUCCAGCAAUGGCCCCAGGCAGUGCGGGUGGCCCUGUACCAGCGGGCAGUAGUGGAGGCUCCUCCACUGCUGUGCCUCCCACCAGGACCCUGGCAGAGGUCCCCAGGCAUCCCCUGCAGCAGCAGCAGCAGCAGCAGCAGCAGCAGCAGCAGCAGCAGAGACUGAUGAAAUCGGAAAGCAUGCCAGUGCAAUUGAACAAAGGACAGAGUUCUAAAACCAUCAGCUCAUCCCCAAGCACUGAAAGUUUGCCUGGAGGAAGGGAAUUCACUGGCUCCCCACCUUCAUCUGCUACUAAAAAGGAUUCCUUUUUUAGCAACAUCUCCCGUUCCCGCUCACACAGCAAAACUAUGGGCAGAAAAGAAUCUGAAGAAGAAUUAGAAGCCCAGAUUUCCUUCCUUCAAGGACAAUUAAAUGACCUGGAUGCCAUGUGCAAAUACUGUGCGAAGGUGAUGGACACCCAUCUUGUAAAUAUUCAAGAUGUGAUAUUACAAGAAGAUUUGGAAAAAGAAGAUCAAAUUCUGGUUUCUCUGGCAGGAUUAAAACAGAUCAAAGACAUUCUAAAAGGUUCCCUGCGUUUCAACCAGAGUCAGCUGGAAGCUGAGGAGAAUGAGCAGAUCACCAUCUCAGAUGAUCACUACUGCUCCAGUGGCCAGGGCCAAGGCCAAGGCCAGAGCGACCAAACACCUGGGGCCACCAAGCAGUCCUCUUCAGAAACACCGGGGCGCACGGACAGAGGGAGCGCAGACGACUUCAUCCUGGUCUCCAAAGAAGACGACACGGGCAGCACCAAGGGGUCCUUCUCAGGCCAGGCUCAGCCUCUUCGCACCCUCCGAAGCACCUCUGGGAAAAGCGAGCCCCUGGCCCGCUCCCCUCUGGUGUUCUCUGACCCACUGACGGGCCCAGCCUCAGCUUCCUCCAGCAAUCCCAGCUCCAGCCCCGAUGAGGACAGCAGCAGCAACAGCAAGGACUCUGGCUUCACCAUUGUGAGCCCCCUGGACAUCUGACCACAGUGCCCUUGGCUUUCCUUGUAGGGACUGGCCACCCCCCUCAGCAGCCCCAGGGUCUGGCUGAGGCUCCCCCAGCGGAGACCCCUCUGAAACCAACACUUCCUUCCCAGCAGGCCUGUGGCCCUAGCGCAGCCCAUCGGAACCCUCCAGAGAGAGGCAGACGGGGCCACAGAGCACACGGACUGAUGUUCACCAGAACGUAGACAGGGCUUUCGUGGCCCUUACCUCAUCCCACCCCACCCUUCCUCUGAGGUGGACCUGGGUUAAGUAUCCAGGAUCAUGCUCACUGUCAAAAAAAAAGACCAGACCACAAUUAGAAUCACUUUUCCUCUGUCCUCUUCUCCCCAACUAAGAAUUAGGUGUGGCAACUCCUUUAAUUAUAACUAGAAGAAGGAAGAAGAGUUGGUUUCAAAUCUUCCCUCCCUCAGAGCAUCAGGCGUAGGAAAAUCGAUUGAUAUCAAGAAGGCUUUCUCUCUGGAAAUCUGUAUCUCAGCGUCUUUCAUUCCUCCUUUGGGAAGCCAUACAGCAGAGCCAAAUACAACAGAAUGGACUAGAACUGGUAGGUUCCAGGCCUGGAAAAAACCCAUCACUGACCUUUCAGAAAGUUACAGCGAUCUUUAGAAACAGAGUCUAAACUUAGGAAUCCUAUUUCAGUGUGAUGGGAGUUAGAUUUUUUUCAUUUGUUAAAGAGUACAUUUCCAGACCUCAGGCCAGAUCGACUCUGGCCAUCACUGUCCCUCCUCAGACAAUUGUACUGCUCCUCUUAGGAUCUUUCACAACCAGAAAGCAAGGUCACGUUGAGCCAAUCUUUGCUGCACUGAUUUCAAAAGUUGUAACAAUAUUACUUCCUUGAAUUGGUAAAUGUGACCCUGACUUGUGGGAUAAACAUCUCUCAGUUUUCUGGUAAAGCCUCUGUAGCUUUGACGCUAGAAUACAUUUGUCACCUGUCAAUUGAGAAGUAAAGGGAAAAACCCAAACUCAUUCCCAUCCAGAGUCAGGAUCUCCCAUUGGCCUUAAAGUAGCAGUAACAGGGAACUAGACCUGGAGUCCCUUCUGGGGGAGCAGGGCUUCCCGCAGAACAUUCCAGAUGUCAGGAAGGUGUGGGAUUUCUGCACAGCCCUUCCUUGCUGGGAGCCAAGUGUAGGAGCUGCAGGGCCUGGGUUCGGUUGUGCACUGCGUCCCAGGCACCACCGCCGGGGCAGGACCAGGUCUGGCAUGGCUGUGCCUCCCCGGGCUUCAGCACAGGGUGGGGAUUUGCGCUUUUCCGUAGGCAGCUUAUGGAAUCGCGAUGGGCAGAAAGCAUCACAGGAGCUGUUUGUCUCCUUAAGGAGAAGUCCCUAUAGAGGACACUUCCCCUCUCCUGUGCCCAAGCAGGAGUUCUGACAGGAGAGCCACAGUGCCCCUGCCCUGAGGUGACUGGCUCUUAGGGCCUCUGCUCUGAGGAUGGCGAGGCCUCUGGGCAGCAGAACCUGUCAUGCCCACGAGCGAAAAGCUAAGUUUGAAAGAACACACACCGUGUACAUCCUUCCCACUGCUAACCAUGUAUCUCUCUACAGACAAACGUGAUAAUGACCUCAUUUCCCACGUGCUCUCGCUCUCCAAAAACUAGCGAUGACUCGAGAGUCAGCUACUACAGAGAGGGUUCUAAGUAGCUCUAAGAUUUGUUCUUAACCUCUAGCAGGAAAAUCUCUGAAGGCGUGAGCUGGAAGAGGAAUGACAACUCUGGUUUCGCUCAGAUAACAGGGUUGUUGGGCCUUCCGUGGUCACUCAAAGAUACGCUGAUGAGCGUCCUGUCUGAGUGGUCUGCCCAGCCCCCUGUGGGGGUGACUGAGUAAGUUACUGUGUGUCGCCUUGAAGACACUUUGUAUGCUCCCAAGGUCCCCAUGCAGUGAGUGCCCUUGCAGCUGCACCGGGUUGCCAUUAUUUUCUCUCCGCGGACCUGGUUUGGGGAGCUGUUGGUGUUUUCGGUUCUAAGGUAAGAAGCCUAGAGCCGUCCUCGCCAGGGCUCCAGGACAGUGGCUGGAAAGGGCCACAGAGCUGGCUGUCCCCUCGCAGUGGCGGACAGCCGUCUGCUCGUUUCGAGCAUUUCCUUGGCCCUGAGAGCUAGAGUCGUGAUAGUCCAGUGUCAGUGGGCACACGGGAGCUGCCAGACAGCCAGCACCCUGACAAGGCUCUAGGCUACCUCCCUGCAGUCGCAGACGGCUGGGUGUCUACGAGUCACUGAACACCCCCGGCCCGCCAGCACACCAGGGGCAGGUCCUCCGUUCUGUGCUUCUGUGUCUGUGCUACACGGGAAGCGACGGGGUCCCUCAGAGCUGUUGCUUCUGCGGUCCCCAGUGCGCUGCUCCCCCCUCCGAGGAAGGAGGCACGAGGGGGAGUGGGACGUGGGCAGUGCCACCCUCCACUUUCCAUAGAUCCAUGGGGUUUGAGAAUUGUAUUACUCUCUCAGUCAUUUUAAGUGACUUGUUAUUUUUCAUAGUCGAGCAUUGUUUGCAUUUUUAUUAGUUACAGUGCUAUUAAAAGAAUGUGUUCCUUUUUUAUUAUUUUAUCAGGUACUUCUGUUUCAUUGCACAUUUUUUUAAAUCCUGAAUAUAUGAAACCUUUUUAUUUUUCUUUAACAAAUAUAAUCAGUGGAACCCUCUCAUGUUUUGAUCAUUAGCAGUUAAAUAGAUUUUAUAUUUGUAAAGCUUAGAUGAAUUCUGUCAUCCACUUUUUUAAUAUGUGUGUCUGUGUUUCAUGCAUUCCUCUCUGAUCAGUUUGGAAAUUUGAGUUAAAUUUUCUCUCUGUACAUUACAUAUGAGAGCUACAGAUUAGAGAAAGAAAGUCAUUAUGACUUUGCCUUACCUUUUGUAUAUGCCAAGGGGUCUUAUAACACUUUAAACAUUUAAUUAUACUGGAUUCUUCUUCCAAAGGUGAUCUCCUGCAAAUGCUCACUUCUAACUGCAAUCUGGUAAGAAGUAAUACCACUGCGGAAUAAGUGUGACUAAAAAUACACCCGAGGCCUCCCUGUGCUUUGCCUUCUCUGCAUCUGACAGAGUUCGUUAGUCCUUCGGGUCUGAUUGCCCACCGCUAACACGAAGGACUCCUCCACUUUGUCAGAGACGAUGAACAAAUACAAAACUCAGUGGCAGUUACGUUGUCUCCUAAAGAUAGGUAAUCUGCCAGAGUUGACUUAAAUUUACUAUUUUUGUUUUCAUUUUAUUGUUUCCUUAAGAAGUUGCCUCCAGGGGCUGUUACAGAACCAGUGUUGCGGGGAGCAGGGGAGGGGCGAUGCAGGCCCUCCCAGUGGCUGUCCUGUGGAGGCCAGGCCAUUCCAUCAUUCCAUCCCCCUCCCCUGCAGGUGCACACCGGUCCCCGCCCCCAUGUGUACAGAACAGGGGCUCUGGGGGGCCGUGGGACAGGGAGAGGAGGCCGGGAUGGAUUAAGGACGGCACCUGGCAAGCCGAGCUUCCUUCUCAUGGGCCAAAACCGCUUCCCCACCCCACCCCACCCCCCCAUGUUACUUUCAAAAGCUCUCUUUUUAUAGUGUUAAAAAGAAAUCUAAAGUUCCUGUAAACAGGCUUGAGACCACUUUGAUGUAAAAGUUGUCAUAAUAGUUUGUCUCACGAUGGCACAAUUCGUUUGACUUAUGGAAUAUCCUGUUGUGCCAUUUAUAUCCUAUUGCUUUGUUCUCAUUCAUCUUUAUGCUGUAACUCAUACUGAUUUAAGAAAUGACUUCUCCUUUUGGCAAAGUGAUCCCAUUAAAUACAGUUAUAAUAAAAGACUAAUGUGAAA